GGUCCACACCUCAAAAACUAUAAAAACGGAAGGUCGAGAAGAGGGGGAAACUAGCCUCAGCAGUUAGCAGUGGGAUCGAAUCGCCAAAAGCAAAAGCCCUAGCCCCACAUAUGCCAUUACGCUCAAUUCUCGCUCUGGCUUUUCAAUUCUUCAACUUCGGAGUGUUAGGCUAUCGACUUUCAGUCGAUAGUUUGAUGCCAUGUCGAAAAGGGUUCUUUGCAAGUUUUUUGUACAUGGUGCAUGUCUGAAAGGGGAGUACUGUGAGUUCUCACAUGUUUGGAAAGGCCCUCCAAAUAAUGUAUGCACAUACUACCAAAAAGGACUAUGUGCCUAUGGGAGCAGGUGUAGAUACGAACAUGUUAAAGUUUCUCAACAGCAUUCACCUCCAUCUUCGUCAGCUCCAGCUCAACAUCUGCACUCAGAUCCUUCUCCCACUACCUUAUCUCCUGGAAUGCUAGCAGAUGGUGCAGGACUUUCUGCUGAGUAUUUGACUUCAGGCAGACCUUUUUACCCUCCCAACCAAGCUGCAUGGAGUGAAAAUUCAGAGCAUCAUCAUGUGGAAGAGAUUGAAAACUUUGUUGAGUUGAAGAGAAUUAAUCCAGCUAAUCAAUCAAUUUGCUCUCUUGCUGCUGCUGGUAAUUGUCCACGGGGAGAAAAAUGUCCAUACAUUCAUGGAGAUUUAUGUCCAAUCUGUGCGAAGCAUUGCUUGCAUCCUUUCAGGCCUCAAGAAAGAGAGGAGCAUAUGAAAACAUGUGAGAAGAGGCAAAAGCACCUUGAUUUAUUGAAGCAUAGUCAAGAAAUAGAGUGCUGUGUGUGUCUUGAACGUGUACUCUCCAAGACAACUGCAGCAGAGCGGAAGUUUGGGAUCCUUUCUGAGUGUGAUCAUCCAUUUUGUAUAUCGUGUAUCAGGAAUUGGCGCAGUGGUUCUCCUUCCUCUGGGAUUGAUAUCAACUCUACAUUUAGGACCUGUCCCGUAUGCCGGAAGCUUUCGUAUUUUGUCAUUCCAAGUGUCAUUUGGUACUCCACAAAAGAAGAAAAGCAAGAUAUCCUUGACAGCUACAAAGCCAAACUCAGUCGCAACACAUUCAUUAACAUAUUAGGCACUACUUUCAAUCAUGUCAGAGGAACUUUGUUAAGAGAAUCUGUUGCAUAUGAUCACAAGUGCCCGUUAGGGAAUGAUAAGCUGGGUAAUCUAUUCGAUGAUAAUGCCUACAGGUACCCAGUACUUGUGUUUUUGGGAGCUAACAAGUACCCCGUGGAAUUAGUAGAGGUACGCCUCUGCUGGCCCGGAUACCAUGGUUAUAAAAAAAUGAUAAUACCUAUACACUUCGGUUCGGUGAUAAGAGUACUUAUCUAAACCCAACCACGGACCAAUAGUUUGGUAUUUAAGUUGAGAAGGAUAGCAGGAUGGCCCAUUACCCGUGGAGAUUUGAACUCUGUGCCUGUUGGCCCUCGGAGAAAUCUCGGUUUUCCAAAAAAGAAAGAUCCUUUUCAUGACAACAAUUAUGUUCAUUUAGUGGUAGUGAGAUUUGAAAAGUCAGCUUAUGGUGUUGUGGGAGAUGUGUUUUCUAAUUUCCAAGUAGUAGUCAUUGUUAUCAGCCCAAUGGGAAUAUAUUUUGGAAGAAAGGAAGAAAGAGGAAGGAAAGUAGCCCAUUUAGAAGACAAAUAAAGAGAGGAGAGGAGUGGUAAACCUUUUUAAAUUGAUUAUGAGUAGGAAAAAAGGAAUGUGUGUCAUUUGGUUUUAAUCAAGUAUUUGUUCUUUUUGGAAUUAAAAAAGGACCUUUUUGCACCAGCUUUUUGUUGGUAUAAACGAAACUAAACAUUUUGUUUAUGACCUUCUUUCUCUCCUUCUCAGUUUCUCUUGCUAAAAAUCAACUGAGUAGAAAAAACUAACUCACCCCCAUUCUCUUGUCACCUUCAUCUGCCUUUCUGUCGAUCCAAAAGCUUCGUUAGGCUUUGAAAUGACGUGGUUUUAUUUUGUUUCAACUUCGAACUUACCCAAUGUAGGGUCCCAUAUGUUUUUUGAUUUAUUUGGCAAGUACUGUGAUGACGUCCAGAUCCACUACUAAAAAGUAAGCGGACAUGGUCGCAUGGAAUAUAAUAUACCAAACUAUGAGUCGGGGUCGAAUCCCACAGAGAACAAUAUGUAGGCGAUUAGGCAAUGUAAGAGAAUUAUCGCUUAUUAUGCUAAGUCAAACACUUAAUAAAGGUUUUGAGAAAAUAUUUAUAUCUAAAUUCGAAAAUGUAAACUAACCUAGAAAGCAAAUAAAAUGAUCAAUGGCUACAAGUAUGGAUAUACGGGGAAUUACACUCGAGUAACGAUCCAAUGUAUUUCACGAUUUUAUAAAUAUGAGCGAGUUUAUGUUAAUUAGCCUCGGA